AUGAAUCAACUUGUACAAGAUGAAGAACAUCGCUACCCCUUAGCAGUUGAACCCAUGACCAAGGGACGUUAUGUAGACGACAUCUGUGGAGGAGCUGAUGAUCUUGAACAGCUCGACUGUGUGGCUCUUCAAUUAAUCCAAUUAUGCAAAGCUGGUGGAUUUCCAUUAGCUAAGUGGAAAUCUAAUCAUCCUCAAUUAUUGUCUUCAAUUGUUUCCAGUCCCGAGUCCAGUAUUGAACAUUUCUUCGACUCUUCUGAUAGUAAGAUUCUUGGGCUUCUUUGGAUCAGUCACUCCGACGUUUUCAAGUUUAAUCUAAAAUUAACACCUAGCACUACUCUCACUAAGCGCAGUAUUCUCUCUGAGAUUGCACGCAUUUUCGACCCACUCGGACUUAUUUCACCCAUCGUCAUUCAAGCUAAAGUAAUUUUACAGUCUCUAUGGCUCGAAAAGCUCAAUUGGGAUGAACCCCUCUCUCCUCGCUUAUCUCAAAGAUGGUUUAACUUACAAAAUAGCCUAAAUAACCUAAGUCUCAUCACAAUACCUCGCUGGAUUCAUUUCCCAUCUUCAAACCAACCAGUACAACUCCACGGAUUCACUGAUGCCUCUAAGGUAGCUCUAUCAGCAGUAGUCUAUCUAAGAUCAAUUCAUCAGGACAACGUCAGUAUACGACUCAUUUGUGCCAAGACAAAAGUUGCCCCACUCAAACCAUGCAUCAUUCCACGACUUGAACUGGCUUCCUGUGCUCUACUAGUGAAACUAGUUUCUCAAGUCUGUGCAACCCUCCCCAUACCUGAUCAGGAAAUCUUUCUUUGGACUGACUCAAGUGUGGCACUCGCUUGGAUAAAGGAUCAUCCAUCAAGAUGA